AGGCAAAAGGUUGGUCACCUGACAACCAACGGCUGGACAUAAUUGUUCAGUCAGACCUUUAGUCAAACUGCAGAGGACGAGGGAAAACGUUUCUUUUCGUGCAACAUCAUGGAUUUCUCCAGCACGUUGUUACUAUUCGGGCUAAUUUUCGCCUUGUUGAGGCUGUUGAGCCUGAAGAGCCGCAGACGGUGGAGUUUGCCUCCAGGACCUCCUGGUCUUCCUUUAAUAGGAAACUUACUGCAGCUGGACAAACGAGCUCCCUUCACAAGUCUGCUAAAGCUCAGUGAGACCUAUGGCCCAGUGAUGACGGUGUACCUGGGCCCUCAGCGUGCCGUGUUUCUGGUCGGGUAUGAAACUGUGAAGGAGGCGCUGGUGGACAGAGCAGAGGACUUCACUGGCAGAGGACCUGUUCCUUUCCUAAUCAGGGUCACCAGAGGCUAUGGUUUGGCGGUCAGUAAUGGAGAGCGUUGGCGACAGUUAAGGCGGUUCACGCUUUCAACUCUGAGAGACUUUGGGAUGGGACGGAAGGGCAUGGAGGAGUGGAUCCAGGAGGAGAGCCAACACCUGGUGAACCGAAUAAAAAAUACCAACGCCGCACCUUUUGAUCCGACCUUCUUCCUGAGCUGUUCAGCGUCCAACGUGAUCUGCUGCAUGGUGUUUGGACAACGUUUCAGCUAUGACGACAAAGACUUCCUGGACCUUCUGCACAUAAUCUCAGAAGCAAUAAGAUUUGCCAGCAGUCCUUGGGGUCAGCUGUACAAUAUCUUCCCUCGGCUGAUGGAACGGCUGCCCGGUCGGCAGCACAAAGUGUUUGCCGACAUCGAAAAGCUGAGACAGUUUACGAUGACAAAGAUCCAGGAACACCAGGACACUUUGGACGUCAGCUCACCUAGAGAUUACAUCGACUGCUUCCUCACUAGACUCAGUCAGGAAAAGGACAUUCCCACAACUGAGUUCCACUAUGACAACUUGGUCUCUACAGUGUUGAAUCUGUACCAGGCAGGAACUGAAAGCUCCAGCUCAACUAUCAGAUAUGCUCUAAAUUUACUGAUCAAAUACCCCAAAAUACAAGAAACUAUGCAGCAGGAGAUUGACACUGUGGUUGGACACAAGCGUUGCCCAUAUAUGGAAGACAGGAAGUCCCUCCCCUUUACAGAUGCUGUCAUCCAUGAAAUUCAGCGCUGUAUGGACAUUGUACCGCUGGGCGUCCCGCACUAUGCUCUCCAAGACAUCUCUUUCAGGGGUUACACACUUCCCAAGGGUACGUUAAUUUUUCCCAUGCUGCACUCUGUGCUGAAAGAGGAGAAACAGUGGGCCACCCCCUGGACAUUUAAUCCUCAACACUUUUUGGACCAGAAUGGCAACUUCAAGAAAAACCCUGCCUUCCUGCCAUUCUCUGCAGGAAAGAGGUCUUGUGCUGGAGAGGCCCUCGCUCGCAUGGAGAUUUUCCUUUUUAUGGUGUCACUUCUCCAGAAUUUCACCUUUUCCUGCUCUGAAGGACCUGACAGCAUUGACCUCAGUGCGGAGUACAGCAGCUUCGCCAACCUCCCUCGCCGAUACAUGAUCAUUGCAACUCCCAGGUGCUAAUUCUGCUUUAAUGGAAGGAAAGUUUUUUCAACCUCUAAUCUGGCAUUAGUCCUUCGAAUCAGGGAUCAUUUUAUACCAAGGAGCUUGAGUAAUGUUAUUAGGAUUCCCAUUUACACUGUGACUUUCUGGUUAUACAUAUUCUGUCAAAUUCUUUAGACAUGUGGAGUAUACUGCACUUCCUCUCUACAGAGUAAAAUUUUACAAUCUAA